AGGCGCCCUAGGUUUGAAAUAGGAAAGUUGGCGCGGCUGCGGGAUCCGGUUCUGGAGACCCGCUGUUGGCUGGUAUCGGUUCGUGUCUUUGUGGGGCAGGUGGUCGGGCUCAGGCCUGCCGGAGAAGGUGCAUUGUCUUACAAAAUGGUAGAGGACGAACUGGCACUAUUUGAUAAAAGCAUAAAUGAAUUUUGGAAUAAAUUCAAAAGCACUGUCAGUGACACCUCCUGUCAGAUGGUGGGCCUAAGAGAUACCUACAAGGAUUCCAUUAAAGCAUUUGCAGAAAAGCUGUCUGUGAAAUUAAAGGAAGAAGAACGAAUGGUUGAGAUGUUUCUGGAAUAUCAAAAUCAGAUCUGCAGGCAGAAUAAGCUCAUUCAAGAAAAGAAAGAGAAUUUGUUGAAGUUGAUUGCUGAAGUAAAAGACAAAAAGCAGGAAUUGGACGCACUGACUGCAAAUAUCCAGGAUCUUAAGGAAGAAUACGCUAGGAAGAGGGAAACUAUUUCCACUGCUAACAAAGCUAAUGAAGAGAGGUUGAAAAGGCUACAGAAAUCUGCAGACCUGUAUACAGAUCGACUUGGACUAGAAAUUCGAAAAAUUUAUGGUGAUAAGUUGCAGUUUAUAUUCACUAACAUUGACCCUAAGCAUCCUGAGAGCCCAUUUAUGUUUUCCCUGAGCCUAAAUGAAGCAAGGGACUAUGAAGUGUCAGAUAGUGCUCCUCAUCUUGAGUGCCUAGCAGAAUUUCAGGAAAAUGUCUGCUGGCUUAAGUGGAAGCCACGUACUACACCUCUCGGGAUAUCUUGGGCACACCUAAAAGCCAUGGAGCAGCGGCCUUCGUGCUUCCAGCUACUGCUGUCUUCUCCCUGCAGUCUGGGGGAGAAGUUUAGGCCAGUUGUCUAGUUAGGGUUGGAGGGAGUUUCAGAGCACUCUCCCCCAGUGGCCUCUCAUGCCUAGGAAACCCAGGUCUGGAGGUAGAUUAGCCUCGAAAACGGAGCUAAGAGUAGGGAUGUUGUAGUUCUCUAAAUGGAAAUAGACACUAAAUGUUUAACAGAAAAAAAUAGCAGAUGACUACUAUAGUGAGUACAUAUUUACUGCUUGAAAUAUAUUCUCAAGGAACAAACAAAACUUAAGAAAAGAUUUUCAUUCAUUGAAACUAGAGGAAAACCAUGUCUCAUACCACAAAUUCUUGAUAUGAUGUUUUGAACCGUACAGCAAGAAGGCACUAGGCAUUGAUUCUGAAACAUCCUCUUCACCUGCAAGUUAGAGAAAUGAAGACGGGAUGAGAGACUAAAUGGGUAGCUCCGCACUUAGGUCCAUUUCUCCUCAAGGACCACCAUACUUCACUUCUUCUAACUGGGGGGUGGAGGUGGGACAAGACCUCUGAAUGAGACCAUGUAGCAGGAAAGUCACAAAAGGAUAGCAUAGGAACCAGCUUUGCAGCUGGGAUCCAAGGUCAGACGUAUGAAUAAAGUGCACUCUCAUACCAAACAAAGGGCCUUAAGCCACAGAAAUUUAUAUCAGUUUGUUUUCUCACCUGGAAAGUUGAUUCAUUCCAAAAUUGGAAUUGGGAAUUGGUUAGGGCUGGCCACCUUAGAAUAAUAGUUAGUACUUUCUUAACCCUUCUUACGUGCCCAGCACUGUUCUAAGCCCUUUACAGAUGUCACCUCAUUUAUAUUCCCUGAACAACCUGUGAGGUAGGUACUAUCCAUAACCUAGUUCUACAGAUAAGGAAUCCAAGGCACAGAGAGUGUAAGUAACUUCAAGUCAGAUAGCUGGGAAGUGUUAGAGUUGGGAUUUAAACCCAGGUGGCAGUCUGGCACCUAACCCAUGAACUUCACCUAGACUCUACCUUAUGCCUUUCUAUGCUAUAUUGCAGAGAAAAUAUGUGAAGACAGAGUUCUUAACAAAGAUUCUAUACAAAUUUGCAUUGUUUUUUGUUUUCUUUUACAAAUUUGAAUUUUUAUAAUAUAAUUUUGCUUUUGUGUUUCUAUAGAAGUAUAAUGAUUAAGAAAAAAAAAAGCAGGGGAAUAUGUUUUGUCUGGAUCCUUAGUACCUGGCCUUCAGAACCCAGGUGACUCACUGAGAACCAUCUCUAGGUAUUCAGACUGCACUUAUCAACCCAGGUCUUUAUGGAAAUGGUGGAUGGAGGCUGUUGACUUAUGCGUAAGUCUUUAUCUGUUCAAUCAAAUAUAAAUGCCCUAAUUUUUGAGGUUUGCUCUGUGCCAACCUAGGAAUAUUCUGGAACCAACAUUAUUAGUAUAUUAGCUUAAAUUUUAAAGUUUGAUACAUUAUGAAAAUUGCACUUUGAAUACAUGUGAAAGGUAAACCAAGCUAUUCCAUUAAAUUUGCUCUAUCCAUUUUAUUUAGGAUGCUAUGUUGUAAAUAAGAAAUAAUACUUUUAAGCAUUUACAGUCUUCCUGAUACGGAAAUAAAGCACAAGAUACAUAGAUAAGAGAUUUUCUUAAAUGGGAAACAAAUGCACACAAGUAGUAAAACUGAACUGGACUCCAAAUCGGGUGGACUAACCUAUUCCACAUUUUGUAAUAAAAUGGAACAACAAGCCCUCUAAAAUUAAAUUCAAUCACUAAUUAAGUUAAAAAACAGAAUCAGCACAAAAUCUGCUAAAAUGUACUGCUAGUGGAUUUAAAGUUUUGAUUUCCUAGCUAAUGAGGAUUAGAAUGUGUUGCUUCUCUUCCACUUCAGAGGAUUCUUUCUUGUACAGAGACAAUUAGUUAUAUUUUAAUUUGUGUACCAUGACAGUGAAAUGCCUGGUAUCACCCUAGCAUAGUAUCUAACACAUAGUAGAAGCUAGACAUUUCUAGACUCAAUAUAAGAUUAUUUAAUGGGAAAUUAAAAUUACAUCUUUGAAAAGGAGCUGACUUGUUCAGUAAUACCUACAGGCAUGUUGCUGAGAUGUCCAGCAAUUUUUAGAAGGUAAAGAUAUUUCUACAGGCAAUUCUUGACUAAAUGACAAAGGUAAUUGAGAAUAAGACUCCUUCUGAAUAAAGACAAGGGUUUCAUCUAAGUAGAAAAAGAGUCCGUCAGUUAAGUAAGUAAACUGGAGACUAUAUGAGCUGUUUAAAUCAUCUCCUUUCUUGGUAUUGUUAAACAUAUUGUAGUGUGAAGUAUGAACAAUGUAUGGUGAAAUAUCUGACAAAUGUUUGGAGUUUAGACACAUGUUAUCGUUUUCCCUUAGUAACCAAGCAAGCUGGAGGUAGCUGCUGAAACUAAGGUCCAACAAAGGGAAAAACUUCAAGGAUGAAGUUAUUUUACUCAGUUGGAUAGAUUUUUACAAAAAUUCAGAAAGUGGCAAUAUUUGAGAUCAAAUAAAUGUGAUCUGUAUAAUGGUAAAUCUUGAAUACUCUUUUUUUGUGAAAAAUUCUGCUUUCCGGCCCCAACAUGGUAAUGUAGGAAGAUUUGAGGAUUAAGAUGUGGUCCAGUCUUUGCUCUACUAUUAAAAUUGAUACAUGAUGUUAGGCAAGUCAUUUAAUCUUUCUGAGCAUCAAUUUUCUAUCAGGCCAGACUGCACUAUGUGUAGUUUCCCAAACUUGCUGUUUUCUUUUUUGUUGACCAGGCCAAGAAAGUUUUAUUCUAUUUUCAGUUAACUAAAAGUAAUUAUCAUGAAUGUUUGUUGAAUUUUAUCAUGUUUUUCUGUAUCUAUAUAGAUUUUCGUCUUGUAUCUGCUAAU